CUGAUGCGGCGGAGCUCAAGAUGAGGGCGGGAUCCAGAUGAUUAUCUUUUAGAAAGCGAGUUUGCGCCAGGAGAGCAUCUUCAUGGUAAGCGAAUGAUAAAAAGAAGCCCGCAUUUUGGAACUCUUUGCAACUUCCGUAAUGCACAGAAUGAAAAAAAGAGACGUGAUUCCUCAUCGGUGACCUGCCACUGAGCUCGGACUCUUUGCCAUGGCGGGCGGCUGCAUCCUCCUGUUGGUCGUGGCUGUGGUGGCGGCGUCUGUACGGGGUGAGACGGAUCAAGUCUUCAACAUUGGGGCUGUGUUAUCAGUGGGAGAGAAGAUCUCUCACUUCAUGCAAGCCAUAGUGGACGUCAACGAGGACAUGAACACGCUGCCCCCCAGGGUCAAGCUGGAGGGGGUUUCUCUGCCCAUGGAUAGGAAUCCUAUCAGAACGGCGCAGAACGUCUGCAAUCAUCUCAUCUCCGCGCAGGUAUACGCGGUGAUCAUCAGUCAUCCGACGGCAGGGGAAUUGUCUCCAGCUGCUGUCUCUUAUACGUGCGGCUUUUACAAUAUUCCAGUUAUCGGCAUCAGUUCCAGGGACUCGUCCCUCUCAGACAAGAAUCUCCACACGUCUUUCAUGCGCACCAUUCCACCAUACUCUAACCAGGCAGACGUGUGGAUCGAGAUUCUCAAAUUUCUCAACUACAAAUGCGUCACUUUCAUCCACAGCUCCGACAACGAUGGACGCUCCACUCUUGGCAGGUUCCAGAAUUUGGCGGACCAACCUGGCAUCAAGGUUGAAGACAUCAUUGAAUAUGAAACGGGAAUCACGGAGAUAAGUCAGAAACUGGAAGAAGCUCAAGGUCGUUAUUGUCGCGUUUUUAUUCUUUAUGCAAGCACGGAAGAUGCCGAAAGCAUCUUUAGGGAAGUAGAAGCUUUGAACAUGACGACUCCUGGUUACGUUUGGAUUGUGUCAGAACAAGCUCUACUAGCACCAAAUAAACCUGAUGGUGUGAUUGGUCUGAAACUAGUAAACGCGACGGACGAAGAAGCUCACAUCAAAGACAGCGUGAUGGUCAUUGCCAGAGGGUUCCGGACGCUCUACUAUAACUCGUCUUUCAACAUUCAACCCGCACCCAACGAUUGCAGCAAGCACGAUCCCGUCUGGGAAACAGGACAGAGAUUCAUCGGAUUCUUAAAAGAAGUGACUCUGCAACAAGGGAAAACAGGCCGCGUUGCUUUCGAUGACAAAGGCGAUAGAAUCGACAGCGAUUAUGACAUCAUCAACAUCGUCAACGGAAAGCCCAAUACAGUCGGGGAAUACGUUUAUUCUCAGAUGAAAACUGAGAUGACUCUCUCACUCAACGUGCAAGACAUACAAUGGCCAGGAAAUGAAUUCAAAAAGCCCAGAGGUUAUAUUGUUCCAACGCAUUUAAAGGUGGUGACUGUAGCAGAGAAACCUUUCACCUGGAUCCGCGAGGUCGAAGAUAGAUCUAUGUGCAACGAAGACGAGAUUCCUUGCCCCAGAAUGAACCGAACGAGUGGAGAACAAGACAUGUACUGCUGUCGAGGUUACUGUAUGGAUUUGUUGAAUGCUCUCGCGACGGAACUCAAUUUCACUUAUUCUCUCUAUCAAGUGGAAGAUGGACUGUAUGGAAGCUUCGACUAUGUGAACGGCUCAGAGAAAAAGAUGUGGACAGGAAUGGUGGGCGACCUCGUGUAUGAGCGAGCGGACAUGGUUGUAGCCCCGCUCACAAUAAAUCCUGAAAGAUCUCAGGCCAUAGAAUUUUCCAAGCCUUUCAAAUACCAGGGCAUCACCAUAUUGGAAAAGAAACAUCCUAAAAGUUCGACCCUCGCCUCGUUCUUGCAACCCUUUCAGAAGACCCUGUGGAUCCUUGUGAUGGUAUCCGUGCACGUGGUGGCGCUGGCUCUCUACCUGUUGGACCGCUUCAGCCCCUUCGGGCGCUACAAACUGCCCAGCAGUGACGCCACCGAGGAAGACGCCCUCAACCUCUCCAGCGCCAUCUGGUUUGCAUGGGGAGUACUGCUCAACAGUGGAAUCGGAGAAGGAACACCACGAAGCUUCAGUGCCCGUGUUUUAGGUAUGGUAUGGGCUGGCUUUGCUAUGAUAGUAGUAGCAUCCUACACUGCCAACUUGGCAGCUUUCCUCGUGUUGGAUAGACCUGAAACAUCACUCACUGGCAUCAAUGACGCCAGGCUCAGAAAUCCAAUGGACAACUUCAAAUAUGCUACUGUGAAAGGCAGCUCUGUGGACAUGUAUUUCCGGCGACAAGUGGAACUAUCGAACAUGUAUCGAACGAUGGAAGGCAAGAAUUACGACAGCGCAGAAGAAGCCAUAGCAGCUGUCAAAUCAGAUGGUCUGAGCGCCUUCAUCUGGGACUCUUCUCGUCUCGAGUACGAAGCCGCCCAGGACUGCAAUCUGGUGACAGCCGGUGAGCAAUUCGGACGCUCAGGAUAUGGAAUCGGACUUCAGAAGCACAGCCUCUGGGCAGAUCAGGUCACGCUCGCCCUGCUAGGCAUGCACGAAAGUGGUUACAUGGAAGAACUUGACAACCGAUGGAUCUUGCAAGGCAGUGAAACUUGUGAAAAAAAUGAGAAAUUUCCCGCAACACUGGGCUUGAAGAAUAUGGCAGGGGUCUUCAUUCUGGUGGGCGCCGGUAUCGUGGGCGGCGUGGGGCUGAUCAUCAUCGAGAUCAUCUACAAGAAACACCAGACAAGAAAGCAGAGGAGGCUGGAGCUUGCGCGACACGCCGCGGACAAAUGGAGGGGAGCUGUUGAGAAAUCUCCAUUGGGCACCGCUCCCAAAUCCCACUCACUCUUUUCCAAGAUAAUGAACAAGGAAGAGAAGAAAAAAACCUUGCGAGCCACUCUGCAAGCCCAGAAGCGACUACGAGCCAAUGGAAUGGAGGCUUAUACCAUUGAGAAGGGCAUGCAGGGCCUCAUGUCGCAGACCAGCCCUUCCUCCCGAAGGCCCCCCUUGCCGCCCAGGGGCCUGCGGAUUGCAGAAAUGUCUCAGCCCAUGGAGUUGGAGGCCAUCCGAGCUCCGGAUAUCGACACAGACAUCCAUCACUUGCCACCUCCUCCGCCACCACCGGCUUCCAGUCCGGCUGUCCGGAUGAGGGGAGGACGGGUCUCCUACACCCCUCGAAGUGAACAUCUCUUUGGUGGCGACCGUGACCGGUUUGACAUUCCAGUUUGAAGAAUAUCGCCAAAAGCAUCGCCAAUACUAGGCCAGUAGUGUUGCGCAGUGGACCACGGCGCAAUUGAACUAGUCAAAGAAGAUGAAUUGUUACUUAGCUGAAGAAGCAAAUCUUCUUAUGACGAGCACUUCCUAUUAUUUCACUUCAAUUUAUUCCCUUUAUUUCUGUUUCCGCUUUUCGUUCUCUUAGUGUUAGAUUCGAGAGAAAGCAGAAACGUAAUAUCAAGAUAAAUCGUGACAAGAAGAGAAGAAAUUAGUAGGAGAAAAAGGAAAUAACGCCACGUAGCUCUGAAAGUGCUAUUGUUUCGUUUUCUUGCGUUUCAUCAGCAAUCCGUAACAUCAUUUCUAAUUGCAAAUAAAGAGAGCUGCUGUCAUUGCAACUGCUUAAUUUUAGAAAAGGAAUAUUAAAUAUUUAAAUAUUGCAUCAAUUAUCUAGAAAAUGCCUGAUAAUUGCUCAGAGAAUAAUAAUUUGCUCAAGCACAUUGAACAAAAGAUAUAGAUAGCAUUUCUUUAUGAUUAAUUUCGUAUUUUAUCAGAAAUUAAUUGCUAGGACCAUUUUAUAGCUUCAUAACAUCGAUAAAUGCUAUACUGUCCAUAUAAAAGCAACAAUCCGAACAAAGUUACUUUUCAUUUACAUCUUUAUUAAUCGAGGAUUUAUGCUCUGAAUAUAUAAUUUCAAAUAAAUAAAACGUCAUCAUUAGUCUUAAAUUAUUUAUUUCAGAUAGGAAACAUUUUGGUAAAUAUCGUUGUGGUCCUUAUGAAAUAUAUGGUAAAGAAAAAAAGGUACCUAAUAAUCUUAGAAUUUUAUCUACAAAAUUAUUUUAAAUUCGUCUUAAUAUAUAAAUGAUGAGUCCCAAAAUAUGUAAUACAAAAAAUUAGCUAUUUUUUUAAAGAGUUAUUUAUGAUAAAUGUAAACAGAUGUGAAAAAAAAACAGUCAGUAAAAUGAAAAUGAAUAGUUAGAGAAAGGAAAUAAUAAAUAUAGCUUUAGAAAACAGUUUUUUUAAAAGAAAAAAAAAUAUCUCUUACAAAAUCAAAAGUUUUUGAAACCAUGCAAUAUUUAAAGACAUUAACGAAUAUUUGUAGCAGUAAGAAUCAAUAGUAAAUGGCUUUUCUAUCAUUACUGACUUUGAAAAUUUAUUUUUAUUUUCGAAAUUUUAGAGUAGAACUGAGAAAUUUGAAAAACCAUGCACUAUUUUCAAGUUUAACAAAGAAAAAAUAAUUGAAUCAUGUCAAUGCUUGGAAUCUUCUAAGAAUAACCCAAUAUUUGUUUUGUUGAUGUAAAUACUGAACAUUUCUAAUCUAUUGAAUUUGGCAGUAUUAAUAACCGAAUAUAAUAAUAAGAAGAAGAAUAGUAAAAUAAAUGUGAUAUUCAGAUAUAAAGUAAAAAGAAUUUUAGAUUUCUGAGAAAUGUGAGGGAACAUGGAUAUAAAUAUCUCAAUUUAUUUUUAUUAAACAUCAUAACAAAAACGCAUAAUGCCUGUGUGAAAGCAACAAUAAAUGACAUAGUGCAUUGUUAAGUUUUGUUACCUCUUCAUUGGAAAGAUAUACCUGUCAGACCUUUGUUUAUGUUUAGAUAUUCUUCAAUUACCACACAAAAGAAUUUUGAUCUCUAGAAAAUUUGAGGAAACAUGGAGGGGGCUCCUCCAAUUCUUUUAAUUAAAUAAUAAAAAUGCAUAUGCGUGUGUGUGAAAACAGCAAGAAAUGACAUCGUGUAUUGUUAAGUUUCUUCCCAUCUUUUCAUCGGAAAGAUAUACCUGUCAAGCCUAUGUUUAUCUUUUGAUAUUCUUCAAUUACCACACAAAAGAUUUUUGAUCUCUAGAAAAUUUGAUGAAACAUGGAGGGGGCUCCUCCAAUUCUUUUAAUUAAAUAACAAAAAUGCAUAUGCGUGUGUGUGAAAACAGCAAGAAAUGACAUCGUGUAUUGUUAAGUUUCUUCCUAUCUUUUCAUCGGAAAGAUAUACCUGUCAAGCCUAUGUUUAUCUUUUGAUAUUCUUCAGUUACCACACAAAAGCUUUAUAAUCUAAAUUAAGUUCUCGAUCACGUGUAGUAUGUUCCAGUUCCUUGCAGGAUUUGCCAUUCUAUGACUUCCUUAGCACGGGAAUAUCUAUCUGUUCUCGCAAGUUUUAGCCUACAAAAGCAUGCCGAAUAAAUGCUUAGGACAAUUACAUGCAAUGCUUCGCAUACAGUAGCACAACAGACUUGUGUGCCCACGUAGAUUAACUAUUGAUAUCUACUAGAUACUGCUAUAGACACUGAUAACCAGCUGCUUACAUCAAGAUGAAUAUAUUUAAAGACAUAGAAAACUGAUCAAAACACUAACUGACUAUAAAAGAAGCAAACGGAUAUUUUACAGGCUGUGUGAAUAUUUUUGUGACCACAGAAUCAAAUUGUCUGAUGAAGUAUUUUUCUCCUAGCACCUAACUUCAACACUUCAGGUGAUUGUAUCAGUGCUUUUUAGGGUGCUAAAGUAUGUAUUAUCAAAAAAGACGUAUUGAUUAGUAUUCAAUAAUAUUUGGUGCGGUUUGAGCUGAACUAUAUACUUUACUUGUUAAGAAACUUUUUGAAGUUCUACGUUGUAAGCAACAACAAUGAUUCUGAGAGCCCUCAGUAUUUGAAGGAAAUUGCAUACACUGAGUAUAUAAUCAUUAAUCAUUCAAAAUAAAUAGAAAUCAAAGGAAAAAAAUUGUGAAAAUGAUGACAUAAUGUGUGGUGAAUGAUAUAUAAAUUUUAUUGAGUAUUUUGAAAUGUACAGAUCUAAAAUUUUACAAGUUCAUCAUUGAUGUUAUUUCUGUCCAUUAUCUUCAAAACGAGUAAUCAUUUAUUAUUAUUUUUUUA